AUGAAGUUUGUCAUUUGGAGGAUGGUCCACGAUUGUCUUCCAACCGGGGUACAGCUGCGGAAACGUAGUAUACCGGCUGAGGACAAUUGUGUCUUCUGUGGCCGUUCGGAGGGGGUAGAACAUAUACUUUUGUUCUGCCCUUUUGCAAGAGCAAUCUGGGAUGCAGUCAAGGCCAAGGUGCAAAUCAAACUCUCCCUCAAUUCCUUCUCCAAUUUGAAGCUGUGGGUGUUUGCUUUUCUCGAAAAAGCCUCCGCUAUUCAAACUACAGCCUUUGCUGUCACGUGUUGGCAGAUCUGGGAGGCCAGGAAUGAUGCCAGGAAUGGCCGUGUUUGUCUCCAACCAGCUCGGCUGGCCUGCAACAUUAUGGUUUAUGUUGACAGCAUCGUCAAGUUCUGCCACAAGUCGUCGCCGUCUAAAAGGUGUGUUUCUCCUUCCAAACCUUCCUGGAGUCCACCACCGAUCGGCACUGUUUGUGUAAACGUCGAUGCUGCUGUCUUCAAGGCGGAGAACCUGGAUGGCUGGGGUGCAGUGAUCCGUGAUCAUCAUGGCGCCGUCAAGCUUGCCGGCCAUGGGUCCGUGCAGGGCGGUGCGAGCCCUGAGGCCGCUGAAGCUUUCGCGGUGCGUCAGGCGCUGGAGAUCGCUCGGGAGAGAGGUUUCGAGAAGAUCAUCCUGGCUUCAGAUUGCCAAGCCCUUAUUCUGAAGAUUCAAGCUACGAAGCUGGAUGGUUCGAUGGUUGGCGAUAUCAAGUGGCUGGCAUCGGGCUUUCUAUCUUGUUCCUUUAUGUAUGUUAGUCGUUUGUGUAAUGUCGCGGCUCAUAAACUUGCUCGCUCUAAGGAGCCCUCUGUCUGUAAGUUGUACCUUGAUGAGAUCCCAGACUUUGUUAGGGAUGAACUAGUUUCUGAUGUUCUGUAA